AUGCAUUUCCUUCGACCCGCGCUCCACAGGUACUGCCACAGAUUGGGACAAGGCCGGGUUCACGGCACAGACUGCUCAGCGGAGCUCCUUUCGGGGUUGAAAUCCUGCGGGAGCUCCAAGGACUUAGAGAAGGGAAGGGUGCUCCACGAUCGCGCCAUCCAGAGCGGGGUUUGCUCCAAUCUCUACGUUUCUUGCAGCUUGAUCGGCAUGUAUGGGAGGUGUGGCAGCCUGGUUGAGGCGAGGAGGGUGUUUGAGAGGAUGCCUUGCCACAAUGUAGUGACCUGGAACGCUGUCAUCUUGGGCCACGCUGAGAAUGGCGAAGAAUCUCGUGCUCUGGAAGCCUUCUCAUGGAUGGAAAGCCAGGGUUGCGCACCGGAUGCCGGGACAUUCUUUGCAGCGAUCAAGGCUUGCUCGGCUCUAGCGGUCAGAGAAGCAGCGAGACUCAUCGGUGGGAAGAUGAUCAAGCUGGAAGCUCUGGAACAAGGCAUGAGAAUCCACUCCCGAGCUAAGAGCAGCGGCAAAGAUGAUCACGUAGCGAGCUCGCUGGUGGAAAUGUACGCCUACUGUGGAAGAAUGGUGGAAGCACGCAUGGUUUUCGAUACAAGCUCCCGGCACAGUGUCAUCUCGUGGACUGUUCUAGUGCUUGGGUACGUAGCAAACGGGGAGAGUGAGCUAGCGCUCGAGGUUUUUGGCAGUAUGGGAGCUGGAGAGAUCAAGCCGGAUGGUCGAUGCUUUGGCGCAGCAGUGAAAGCUUGCUCCGAUUUGGCUGAGAGAGAAAAGUGGGGAGAAGAUUUGGAUGGAACGGCUGUGAAAGUUGGCGCUCUGGGGAAAGGGAGAGAGAUCCAUCGCCAAGCGAGACGAGCGCUGGAUGUUUUCGUUGGAAAUGCUCUGGUGGAUAUGUUUGCGAAGUGUGGGAGCAUGGUUGAUGCCCGAGGAGUUUUCGACAAGAUGCCUUGCCACAGUGUGGUCUCGUGGAACACGCUACUGGUGGGAUAUGUAGAGAAUGGAGAAGCAGAGCGAGCGCUGGAAAUCCUUGCGUCCGCUACUACAGCGGAUUCCUUGACGUUUGUCGCUGGUUUGAAGGCCUGCAUUGGAUUAGCAGCGAAAGAAGAAGCCACAAGCUUUGAAGGGAAGAUGGUGAAACUGGAUUCUCUGGAGAAGGGGAUGGCGAUUCACAUCCAGGCCGCGGAGAAAGGAUUCGAGAGGGACGAGUUUUUGUCGAACACUCUCAUGGACAUGUAUGCCAAGUGUGGAAGCAUGGUGGAGGCCGAGAGAGUUUUCAGGAGCAUGCCUUGCCACGGCCUGGUGUCAUGGACGGUGCUUAUGCUGGGAUACGUGGAUAACUCGCAAGCAGAGGUAGCUUUGGAUUUGUUUUCUCAGAUGAAAAACAGAGGCCUCGUUCCAGAUGCUAUGGCUUUAGUUGCUGUGUCGAAGGCCUGUCUCGGCUUGGCGGCCAAGGAAGGGGCCGUGGUGGUUGAUGGAAAGCUGGUCAAGCUCAAAUGCUUGGAGAGAACAAUGGCUCUUCAUGGAGACUCGAGAAACUACUUUAAGACGGACGUGAUCUUGGCGAGCACUUUAGUCGACGCUUACGCGCGAAGUGCAAGCCUGCUGGAUGCUCGAAGAGUUUUCGACCAGAUGUGCUCGCACGACGUCAUGUCGUGGACUUCGCUGGUUCUGGCCUGUGUUGAUUGCGGAGAGGAAGACACGGCACUAGAGCUGUUCCAACGCAUGAUAUCCGAGGGGCAUGCGCUCACGUCUUCGAGCAUUGUCACAGCAGCACUCAAGGCUUGCAUCCGCGUCGCUGCAAGGGAAGAGGCCAUUCAGGUGGAUGGAAAGGCUGUCAAAGUUUCGUCACUGCAGAAAGGGAUUGCUAUCCAUUGCCAGGCUUCCAAACUCCUUCGACACUGGGACUUCGUUUUGGCCAGCAGUUUGAUGGAAAUGUACGCCAACUGUGGGAGUCUGGUGGACGCCCAGCAAGUUUUCGACAGCAUGCCACACCGUGAUGUAGUCUCGUGGACAGUGCUCAUGUCGGGGUACGCGGACUGUGGUGAUGGAGACAAAGUUUUGGAGCUCUUUGCGGGAAUGAAACUGAAACUCGGUCAGGCCUGCUGUGCUCUAGAUGCUCGAGCCUUCGUCCCCGUGCUCAAGGGAAGCUCUUCUGUGGGAUCGCUGGAAGUCACUAAAGCCAUUGUUGGGGAAGUAUACAGAUAUGGAGCCGAGAAAGACAUUGUGCUCUCCAACAGCAUGGUGGACGUGUUUGGAAAAGCCGGAAGUAUGAACGACGCACAACAGGCGUUUGACGCAGCUCAAACUCGAGAUUUGAUAGCAUGGAACGCUCUCGCAGCUGGGUACGGCCGCCAGGGCGACGCUGAGAAGGUCUUGGAUGUCUUUCAUCGGGCUGUGGACGACGAAGGCGUUGAGCCGGACAGUGUGACGCUGCUGUGCGUCCUCGCUGCGUGCAGUCACGCCGGGAUGGUGACUAGAGGCAGGAAGUACUUCGAUGCAAUGCUCACCAAGUAUGGAGUGAGUCCGAGGUGUGAGCACCGAGUGUGCGUGGUAGACAUGCUCGGUCGGGCCAACCAACUUGGCGAGGCACUGGUAAUGGUGACUAGCAUGGGCUCGGAAGCGAGAGCGCUCACUUGGAGGACACUCCUGGCUGCUUGCCGGACGUGGAGAGAUGUGGAGACUGGAAAGGUGGCGUUCGAAUCUCUCGUGAAUAUUGACGACAGAGACACGGCAGCAUACUCUCUCAUGUCCAACCUGCUUGGGAGCGUCGGAUUGUGGCAGGAGCAGUCACGGAUCCUGCGAAGUCAAGAGGAACUCUUCGCCCAGCAGCAAGUGGCAUCCUACAUCGACUGCGGAGGAUUGGUGAAAGAACGAGGACAAGCCCGUGCUUGUCUUGCCGAGAAAACAAGUGCCGCUCCGACACCAUCGCGCGAGCGGGCAAUUGAAGGGACGCGAGCUCAUCCGCGAGCAAGCACUUCCACUGGCAAGAGACACCAUCCAGAACCUCCUCAACCUUGUCCUUGGCAUGACAGCGUUCCGUCAACGAGAUUCCUCUGCUCCUUUCGCGAUUGA